UCUGCUGCUGAACCUAAUUAUGGUUGCUUUUGUUUGCGGAACUUUGAGAGAAAAAGAAAUCUGUGGCGGCCCGGAGGGUCUGGUUUUGAAAUGCAAACACGGGGGCUCUGAGUCAGACUUCCGGCAGGGUGGCAUUUUGUCUUUAAAGAGCAGCAAUGUGGUUCCUCGAUUUGUCUCUGCUGUCUUGACAUUUAGUUGGAUUCCUGGGCAAUUGGUCGGCCCGGGUACAUCUCCACGGAGCACGGGGGCCUGGCCUUGGUACUGCCUGGCAAGUCUGUGUGCUUGGGGAGGGACUGUGGCUGGGAGGCCAGGCCGAUUUUCAAGGCAGAACUGUGUGUAAAAACACCCAGUGACACAUAACUUCUAGAAAUUAAAAUGCCUAUUCUUGGGAAAAAAAGGCACACAGAAGUGUCAUUAUUGAUGGUCUGCAUCAUGUCUGGAGCCAGCCGUCAGCUCGCUCUUUUCCUCUGCGGCUGUUGCGUGGCUGCCCUGGGGGUCCAGGCCGAGGAGCGCCGCCCGGCUGAGCGUCACCAGGCUGCCCAGUACGUGGCUGCCGUGUACGAGCACCGGUCCAUCCUGAGCCCGAACCCGCUGGCCCUCACCAGCCGCGAGCAGGCCUUGGAGCUCAUGAGCCAGAACCUCGACAUCUAUGAAGAGCAAGUGACGAUCGCGGCCCAAAAGGGUGUACAGAUUAUAGUGUUUCCAGAGGAUGGCAUCCAUGGAUUCAACUUUACAAGAACAUCCAUUUACCCGUUUUUGGACUUCAUGCCUUCUCCCCACUUGGUCAGGUGGAACCCGUGCCUGGAGCCCCACCGAUUCAAUGACACGGAAGUCCUCCAGCGCCUGAGUUGUAUGGCUGUCAAGGGAGAGAUGUUCCUGGUGGCCAAUCUUGGGACAAAGCAGCCUUGUCAUAGCAGUGACCCAGGGUGCCCAAAUGAUGGCAGAUACCAGUAUAACACGAACGUGGUGUUCAGCAGUAAUGGAACCCUGGUUGACAGCUACCGCAAACAAAACCUCUACUUUGAAGCAGCAUUCAAUACCCCACUGGAAGUGGAUCGCAUCACCUUUGAUACCCACUUUGCUGGCAAGUUUGGCAUCUUCACUUGCUUUGACAUAUUGUUCUUCGACCCCGCUGUCAGGCUCCUCAUAGACUCAGAGGUGAAGCAUGUCGUGUAUCCGACCGCCUGGAUGAACCAGCUCCCACUCUUGGCAGCCAUUCAGAUUCAGAGGGGUUUCGCCAUCACCUUUGGCGUCAACUUUCUGGCUGCGAACAUCCACCAUCCAUCUCUGGGGAUGACGGGAAGUGGCAUACACGCCCCUCUGAAGUCCUUUUGGCACCAUGACAUGGAAAGCCCCGAAGGUCACCUUAUAAUUGCCCAGGUAGCCAAAAAUCCACAGGGUCUCAUUGGUACAGGGAAUGCCACAGGGAAAAUGGACCCAUCCCAUAGUAAGUUUUUAAAAAUCUUGGCAGGGGAUCCAUACUCUCAGAAGGAUGCUCAGGACGUCCACUGUGAUGGAGCCCCCAAAUGGAACACGAAUGCCCCUCCCACGUUUAACUCUGAGAUGAUGUACGACAAUUUCACCCUGGUUCCCGUGUGGGGCAAGGAAGGCUACCUCCGAGUCUGUGCAAAUGGCCUUUGCUGUCAUGUGCUUUACCAGAGGCCCACUCUGUCCAAGGAGCUGUAUGCUCUGGGGGUCUUUGACGGCCUUCACACUGUGCACGGCACUUACUACGUUCAAGUCUGUGCCCUGGUCAAGUGUGGCGGUCUUGGCUUUGAAACCUGUGGGCAGGAGGUCACAGAGGCUGCGGGGAUAUUUGAGUUUCACCUGUGGGGGAACUUCAGUACCUCCUAUAUCUUUCCAAUGCUUCUGACCUCAGGGAUGACCCUGGAAACCCCUGACCAGCUGGGCUGGGAGAAUGAUCACUAUUUUCUGAGGAAGAGCGGACUGUCCUCCGGCCUGGUGACGGCAGCUCUCUACGGGCGGUUGUAUGAGAAGGACUAGGGGGUGUGGGGUGGGCUCCCCCUGCACUGGCACAGGCCAAAGCUCACAGCACCGGGACCACUUCUUCGCCCCAGAGCCCAUCCUGGGAGCCACGGGAAGAGGUAGGGAGACAGAUUUCGCCAGCGUCUUUUUCUCUUAAGCGCAAAUUUGUGAGACAUUUUCUGGUAUUUUCUACUCACAUUUCUAUUUUUCAAGCCACGUCUUCCUCCAGCAGAUCUUCCAUUACACAAUUGUUUUAAGAGCGCAAACAAAAAUAAAUGUCAGUUUAUAUUUUACAUGUCCACAAAACAGCAGGUUUCGUGUGUGUUCUUGCUGUUGAUCAAGUGACACCCAGGAUAUACAGGUAUUUCAGAAGCCUCAAACAUUUUCUAGGGUAAGAAACAAACUCUCAGAGCAAAAGCCGUGUUAGAAAUGGCUUCCAUGGGGACUUUUCCAUUCUGGUCGGCCAGAACUCAUCCCCCCGCACUGAUCGUGCCAGAGCCGCCAGCAGCAUCAGCAAUGUGGAUCCUGAGGCAGCUUUUAAAAAUAGAAGGGAAGCUUUUCUCACAUCUGCCUUUCUGUCAGUGAUCGGAAUGUGUCAGGCAGGACUCAGAAUAACUGGAAAGAAAGAGUGCAGUGCCCCGGAGAGAGAGGCUGGAAAAAAGUGCUGAAGAGAGGGCAGCGAUGGGAACAGAUGAGUCAUAGGUUUCUUGUGCACAGCGUGUCUCAUCCAGGGAUUCCAGACACCUUAAUAAAUCACGCUAGCUCCGGGCAAGAGCCUUCCGGCUGCCCAACUGUGCGGGGUGGAACGAUGCUGGGAAUUCAUUCCCAGUCCGCUGGCAGGGCCUUCUCUUUGCAGACGGGUUGCAGGAACGGUGUGGGGUUUGGCCCGCUUAGUCUUUAUUCAGUCACUCAACAGGUGUCUUUGGAAAGCCCACCAGGGACAGAGCGAGGACCUCCCAAAAUAUGAACUGCACGUGCAAAAUCAUAUUCAGUGUGUGGAGACAUUCUUUAGGCCACUGGUCUGUAUUAUUUGUAUCCAACAUUUCAAAGUCACUUUGACUCUAUGCCUAGUAACUGUUUCAGAUCAUUUUUAAGGUGGAAAAUCGGUAGCUUUUAAAGAAAAUGGAGAGUUAGCUUUCUGUGAUUUGCCUCUUCAAUGUGUGGCUAUUUAGUUUCAUCUCCUUUAUAAAUUAGGUUUUUAAAAACAGUAUGUGCAUAUAUCUACACAUAAUUACAUGAAGUAAAAAAUGAAAUUCUUUCCCCAUUCCCCCCACAGUGUGGCUUUCCAGACCCUUUCCUGGCUUUUAGGCAGAAAAAUAAAGAUCCUAGGGUCAGACUGACCAGCUUUACUUUCUUGGCCUCCCUGUUUACUCUUCACUACGUAGACCUCGACUCUUUAUUUGAACCUUGCUGUGCCCCAGUUUUCUCAUUUGUGGGAUGUGUAUUGAAUCAUCCAUGUGGGAAAGAAGCAAAGACCCGCUGACUCACUGCCCGCUUGCAAAGGCCUAGAAUGAGUCAAGCCGGCCUUCAGGGAAUUUGCAGGAACAGCUCAGGAUUCCUGAGGAAACCCAGGCGGUCCCCCCGGAACGGGACGGGGGCCUCUCCCACCAGAUGCUGGCGCAGACCCGGGAGGGGCGAGCUGGAGGGGGCACACGGCUCCGGAUGUGACCACCCCUGCUCCAGGGAAACAGAAAUCAUCUCAGAAAUGCAUAUUGUUGCUUCCUGCCAAGAUGAUUCAAAUCAUCCAGAGAGAGACAGAGGCCAGGCCUAAAUACAGACUUGGUGGAGCUACUUCACCCAGCAGACAUUUUUGAAGCACCUGCUGGAUGCACAUUUUGCUCUUCUGAGCAGAGUACUGAGAACUUUCCCCGAGUUACUAUCUACUGACAAUUUAGAACUAACUAACUGCUCAUGAAGUAGAAAUGAGGGGGACAAGAACUUAUGAUUUUUAUGAUAAAAAGUAGUUGCCAGAUGGCAGAACAAAGUGGAGGGCAGGGGGGAAAUGAGUAAAAUAAAUCAUUUUCAGGAAAAAAAAAAGGCAUGUAUGACUCACGG